GUCGCUGUCUGGCCGCGGGUCCUGUGGCGCUCUGUCGCGAUUUGUCGCGCCCUGUCGCGCUCUGUCGCGUCAGGCCCGCGCCUCCAGGCCCGCCCAUGGAGGCCGCGCCGCGGUUGAUGCCCGGGGUGGGCCUGCCGGGGUCUCUUCCGCCAGCACCUCCCCCCGCUGCUGCCACCAGCGGGGACCCGCCACCCUCAGGGCCACCCUCGGGGCCACCAGCGGGGCCACCGCAGCACGACACCGGCGAUGUCCUGCAGCAGAUCAUGGCCAUCACCGACCAGAGCUUGGAUGAGGCCCAGGCCAGGAAACACGCCCUGAACUGCCACAGGAUGAAGCCGGCACUGUUCAGUGUCCUCUGUGAAAUCAAGGAAAAAACAGCCCUCAGCGUGCGCAGCCCUCCCGACAACGACCCUCCGGACGCGCAGCUGCUGCGCCUGGACAACAUGCUGCUGGCCGAGGGCGUGGCCGGCCCCGACCGCGCCGCCAGGCUCCGCCACAAAUCCGGGAAACUUCCGGAAAACCCCGCGGAAAUUUCCGGGAAAAUGGCAGAAAUUUCCGGGAAAAUGGCGGAAACUUCCGGCAAAAUGGCGGAAACUUCCGGGAAAAUGGUGGAAAAUUCUGGAAAAAUCGGGGGGUGUCCCCACGAUCACGGGAUCGAGCACUCGGAUUACCGAGCCAAGCUGGCGCAGAUCCGGCAGAUUUUCCACUCGGAGCUGGAGAAGUAUGACCAGGCGUGCAGCGAGUUCACCACGCACGUGCUGAACCUGCUGCGGGAGCAGAGCCGCACGCGGCCGAUCGCGCCCAAGGAGAUCGAGCGCAUGGUGGGCGUCAUCCACGGCAAGUUCAGCUCCAUCCAGGUGCAGCUCAAGCAGAGCACCUGCGAGGCCGUCAUGAUCCUCAGGUCCAGGUUCCUCGAUGCCAGGCGGAAACGGCGCAAUUUCAGCAAGCAGGCCACCGAGGUGCUGAAUGAAUAUUUUUAUUCCCACCUGAGCAACCCCUACCCCAGCGAAGAGGCCAAAGAGGAGCUCGCCAAGAAAGGCGGCAUCACCGUGUCCCAGGUUUCCAACUGGUUUGGGAACAAGCGGAUCCGCUACAAGAAGAACAUGGGCAAGUUCCAGGAGGAGGCGAACAUCUACGCCGCCAGGAGCGCCGCCGACGCCGCGGCCCACCGCGGGAAAUCAGCACGGCUCCGCCCCGGCACGCCCACUUCCGUUUCCUCUGGGUCUUUUAAGAUGACGAAUUCAGGGGAUUCCUUCCUCAACCUGCAGUCCUUGACUUCCUACCAGAGCCCUCCCAACGUUCAGAUGGAUUCCCUGCACCACGUCCUGCACCCCCUUGUGGGGAACCCUUUGUACUCCACGCAGCGCCUCGAUGCCAAUGGCAGCUGGCAGGACGCCGCCACCCCCUCAUCCAUCACCUCCCCCGCCGGAGACCCGGGCAGCGUCAACUCCGACGCCUCCAAUUAAAGAUGUUUUGAGAGGAGAGAGGUCAAUUAUCAUUAAUUAAUCAAUUAUUGACUCACAGUUAAUUAAUUACCUCAGAAGAAGCCAAUAGAUUGUGAUGGCAGCGACACCUCUACCUCUCAUCGCCCCGCCGGGACCUGAAAUUAUUUAUAAUAAACUUCAUUUCGCCUCAGCAAAUUCCGUUUUUUUAAGGGAAAAACCCCACGGAUUUUACACUAAAAACCUGAAGAAGAAAAGGAAAAGUCUUGGCAUUUAUCUCCAGUUUUACAGCGGAAGAAAAUGGAUUUAUUUUCGUUUCUGUCUGGUUUUUUACGCUGGGAUUUCUGUUCUAGGUGAAUAGUUCCAGUUAAAAAUCCCCAAUACUGUAAUGGUUUGUUCUCUGUAUUGUAAUUUUGUAUAGGGAAUUCAGCUCUUUCUUAACUAAUUUAGUUAAUUAACGGGAAUGUUGCUUUACCAAACUUCUCGCUGGGCGCCGCUCGCAGGUCGGACCUUGCACUGGUGUCAUUCCAAGGGAUUUCGCAUCGGAAAAUUCCACAGCUUUGCUUUUUCUGAUGAAAAAGUGAAAAAAAAAAUCUAAAAGGUAAACCCCAAAUUUUCCACAGAACCGCCAAAACGCCGAAUUUCCCCAUGGGGAUUUGUGCCAUUCUGCUCACAGAGUCCGCCCCUUUCAGUUGAGAUUUUAUCAAAGAAAAUAAACUUCCAAAGCCUU